GAUAUAUAAUAUCAGUGAUAUUCACUUUAUAUCUUUCUUUUCUGUCAACCACAUCUUACUGUACAUUUAUAUCUAUACAUUUAAACUGGCAGGUGACUCAACCAUGCUAUUUGGUUCCCUCUUGUUUUGAUCAACCAAAGCCUGUUUUGGAGUGCAGAAAAAUGGAGAUAGAAGCAGCCACUGCUAAAGAAAAGGGUGUUGGUGAGGGUGGAGAAACGAUGGAAGUUUCAGAAAAUAGAGGAAUGUAUCUGGUGUGGGAAGAUUUAACUGUUGUGGUUCCAAAUUUUGGAGAUGGACACACUAAGAGAUUGCUUAAUGGGUUGAGUGGAUAUGCUGAACCUAACAAAAUCAUGGCUAUCAUGGGUCCUUCUGGCUCUGGAAAAUCUACUCUUCUUGAUGCUUUAGCAGGUUCAUCUCUUCUUCCUUCUAUCUAUUCAUCACUGGUGUUUGGUGUUUGUGCCUGUGUUUGUGUUUCCAUGUGUGUACAUAAAUCUACUCUUCUUGAUGCUUUAGCAGGAAGACUCUCCAGAAACGUUAUUAUGUCUGGAAAUGUGUUUGUAAAUGGAAAGAAGAGGAGAUUGGACUAUGGUGGUGCUGCUUAUGUGACCCAAGAAGACACAAUGCUGGGAACUCUGACAGUGAGAGAGACGAUAUAUUACUCAGCGAAUCUAAGGCUUCCAGGGAGCAUGAGGAAAGAAGAGGUGAAUGAGAUAAUAGAAGGAACAAUUAUGGAAAUGGGUCUUCAAGAAUGUGCAGAUCGGAUAAUAGGGAAUUGGCAUUUGAGAGGUAUAAGCGGUGGAGAGAAGAGAAGACUAAGCAUUGCUCUUGAAAUCCUCACAAGGCCAACUCUCUUGUUCCUUGAUGAACCCACCACUGGUCUCGACAGUGCCUCUGCAUAUUUUGUUGCUCAAACUCUCAGAAAUUUGGCUCAUGAUGCAAAAACUGUUAUCUCCUCUAUACACCAACCAAGUAGUGAGGUUUUUGCACUCUUUGAUAAUCUCUUUCUUCUCUCUGGGGGUCAAACAAUCUACUUUGGACCUGCACAAAAGGCAACUCAGUUCUUUGCUAAAGCUGGAUUCCCAUGUCCAAGUAGAAGAAACCCUUCCGAUCAUUUCCUUCGUUGUAUCAACUCAGACUUCGACGCUGUCACAGCCACAAUCACGGCCUCCCAAACGAGACAAGAAGAAGUAUCAUUAUCAACUGCAGCAAUCAAAGCAACACUCAUAGAAAAAUACCGAUGGUCUGAGUAUGCAACCACUGCAAGAGAAAGAAUCAAGGAAAUAUCAAACAUAGAAGGACAUGAUUUUGAAAGUAAAAGGAAAUGCGAAGCCACAUGGUGGAAGGAACUAUCAAUGCUGACUCAGAGAUCUUGCCUGAACAUGUCCAGAGAUUUGGGAUACUACUGGAUAAGGAUAACUACCUAUGUCGCCUUAUCUUUGUGCGUUGGAACAAUCUUCCAUGAUGUCGGAACGAGUUACAGAGCCAUUUUUGCCAGAGGAUCAUGUGCCGGUUUUAUCUCAGGUUUCAUGACCUUCAUGUCCAUUGGGAGCUUCCCUUCUUUCUUAGAAGAAAUGAAGGUCUUCUACAAAGAAAGAAUGGGUGGUUAUUAUGGCGUUGGAGUCUACAUUCUCUCAAAUUUUCUCUCUUCCUUUCCGUUUUUGGCAGUGAUGUCCACUGCUACAGGGGCUAUAAGCUAUUAUAUGGUUAAGUCUCGUUCAGAAUUUUCACACUUUUUGUAUAUCACUCUUGAUCUUAUGGGCUGCAUUGCGGUUGUGGAGAGCUCCAUGAUGGUUAUAGCUUCACUGGUUCCCAACUUCCUCAUGGGAUUGACAAUUGGAGCAGGAUAUAUUGGUCUUAUGAUGAUGACUUCUGGCUUUUUCCGUCCACUCCCUGAUCUUCCCAAAAUCUUCUGGCGUUACCCAAUAUCAUACAUCAAUUAUGGCGCAUGGGGAUUACAGGGAGCUUUCAAGAAUGACUUGAUUGGAAUGGAGUUUGAUCCCUUAGAACCUGGUGACCCGAAACUGAAAGGAGAAUUCAUCCUCAAAACCAUGCUUGGCAUUCAUAUUGAUAAUUCAAAGUGGUGGGACAUAGCUGCAAUCAUGAUCCUCCUCAUAUCGCUUAGAGUUCUUUUCUUUUUCAUUCUGAAAUUCAAGGAGAGAGCAGCACCUUUUCUUUAUAGCAUCUACGCCAGGCAAACUCUGGAACGUAUAAAAAAGCGACCUUCGUUCAGGAAAGUACCAUCUUUCGCUUCCAAACGCCACCAAUCACUGCAUCCCUUGUCUCCUCCAGAGGAUCUCAACUCGCUCAUCCAUUAGAACCAUCAUUUGCUGAUACAUAUAUGUAAGAGUAAUUACUCAGUUGCUAUUAUCUCUUUAGGAAUGAUUAUUAACUGUCAUAAGCUCUGUAAAUAAAGCAUAUAGAUGGUGUUCUUA